GAAGUUAAAAACUUUCCCAAGACCUUCUCUUUCUACUUGGAUUCGUUCAUAUCUGUUGCUAGGGUUUUCUCUAAACAUAUCAGAAAUCCCCAUUUCUGAAAAAGAUCGAAGCUUUGUGAAUUUGGUACUAGCUUGAGAGUGGGAAUGGACGGCGAAGAGCUUACCGAACAGGAGACUGCAUUGUACGAUCGGCAGAUUAGGGUUUGGGGUGCUGAUGCGCAGAGAAGAUUGAGCAAAUCUCAUAUAUUGGUGUCUGGAGUAAAGGGCACUGUUGCUGAGUUUUGCAAGAACAUUGUGUUGGCAGGAGUAGGCAGUGUGACUCUGGUGGAUGAUCGGUUAGUGACGGAGGGAGUUUUGAACGCGAAUUUCUUGAUUCCACCUGAUGAGAACACUUGCAAUGGCAGAACCGUGGCUGAGAUUUGUUGUGAUUCACUUAAGGAGUUUAACCCCAUGGUCCGUGUUUCCGUGGAAAAAGGCGAUUUGUCAACGUUUGCUACAGAGUUUUUCGAGAAGUUUGAUGUUGUGGUCAUCGGCUACAGUUCUCGUGCUACCAAAAAAUCAGUUAAUGAAAAAUGUCGGAAGUUAUCGAAACGUGUUGCAUUCUACACAGUCGAUUGCAGAGACUCUUGUGGUGAAAUCUUUGUUGAUCUGCGGAAUUAUAAGUAUGCAAAGAAAAAGCUUGAAGAAUCAGUGGAAUGCGAACUAACAUUUCCAAGUUUUGAGGAGGCGAUUUCCGUGCCAUGGAAAGCGAUUCCGAGGAGAACAGCAAAGCUGUACUUCGCUAUGAGAGUGAUCGAACUGUUUGAAGAGACUGAAGGGCGUAAACCUGGUGAAAGUUCACUGCCUGAUAUUCCCAGAGUCUUGAAGUUCAAGAAGGAACUCUGCGAGGCCAAUUCGGUGAGCGAAACACAGAUACCGGACAACCUCUUGGAGAGACUCGUAGCAGGCAAUACAGAGUUCCCACCUGCUUGUGCCAUUGUCGGAGGGAUAUUAGGACAGGAGGUGAUAAAAGUGAUUUCGUGCAAAGGAGAGCCCUUGAAGAACUUCUUUUACUUCGACGCGGUUGAUGGAAAAGGCGUGAUCGAAGACAUAUCCAAUUCUGACUCUAACCAGUGAGUCCGAAAGUUAUUAAUGUGCUUCAGUAGGUUUCUCUGUGUAAUAACUUGAAGGAUGAACCUUAGUUGAAGAUUCUGUUGCGGUUUAGAGAGCUUAGAGCCUGUUCCUUUUAAAGUGUUGUACCCUUGAAUUAUUUCGCAAUUACAAAAAUAUUUAUCAAUUAUCUAGUUCUUGCUUUGUUUA